AUGGUGUAUAGAGUAGUGGUUGAGGCCAGGGAUAAGAUUAUGGGAAACGAGAAGGAACAAUACAAGAGGACAAGGGACUAUUGUGAGCAGAUUUUAAGUUCUAAUCCAGGAUCUACUGCAAGGUUGGAACUUAUGACAAUUCCAGAAGCUCCCCCUGUUUUCGACAAGAUAUACAUAUGCUUAGAUGCCUGUAAGCAAGGGUUCAAGGAAGGGUGUAGGCCUUUGCUGCACCUGGAUGGAUGCUUUCUCAAGACAUACUACAUGGGGUGGCUUCUAUCAGCAGUUGCCCAAGACGCAAACAACCAAUUUUAUGUUGUUGCAUAUGGGGUUGUGAGGGCUGAGACGAAGGAUGCCUGGAAAUGGUUCCUGACUAACCUUCAGGCAGACAUAGGAGACGAUGCAAACCAUGGCUGGAACUUCAUUUCAGAUCAACAAAAGGGUUUACUCCCUGCCUUAAAGGAAGUCAUGCCAAAAGCCAGGCACAGGAACUGCGUGAUGCACAUGUGGAAGAACUUCGUUAAUAGAUUCAAAGAUUUAUACAUAAGAGAGGUUGUCUGGGAGUGUGUCAGAUGCACAACAGUUGCGGAGUUCAAAGACUGUAUGGAAAGGCUGAAGGCAGUGAAUCAGGGGGCUUGGGAAUACAUCUCCAAGUUUGAGCCAAAGACAUGGGUCAAGGCUUAUUUUUCGCAUGGGCCGAAAGUUGAUAACCUCACCAACAACAUGUGUGAGGUUUUCAACGCCAAAAUUGUUAAUUACCGCUGCAAGCCAAUCUUGACUAUGUGCGAAGAAAUCAGGUGUUACCUGAUGAGGAGGAUGGUAAAUCACAAGCGAGUGCUGGAAAAUCACCCUGGUAAACUAGCACCAGUACAGCAAAAACGGAUGGAAAGAUUACUUACUCUUGGGACAAAAUGGACAGCAGAGUUGGUUGGAGAUAAUGAAAGAAAAAGGUUCGAAGUGAGCCGCAAAGGAAGCAAGGUAGAUGUGGAUCUCAUUAAGUACACCUGCUCCUGCAAUCGAUGGCAACUUACUGGCAUGCCGUGCACACAUGCACUUGCUGCUAUUGUGAAGAGGCGUGACAAGGCAAAAGACUAUGUCCACCCUUGGUUGUGUAUGGAAUCAAUCAGGAGGACAUAUUCACACUGCAUCAAACCAGUCCCAAGUGCAGAAUUCUGGCCUCGUACUGAGUACUCACAACCAGAACCCCCAUCAUCAAGAGACCUAUUGGCCGGCCAAAAGUUCACAAUAGACAGAAAGACCAUGCUGAGCCAUUGA